UGUGCACCACCGCCGAGGUAGCGCUCAGGUCACGGCGAGAGCCACAGCGGCAGCGUCUUGUACGGGAGCGCGCACAAGCGUCACAGCGCCGUCUACGACUGCACGUAAACCGCCCAGGACUCUGAAACUUCGCCGCCCCUCCUCAAUGCUCCUCCUCUAGCCGGUUCUUCCUCUCCGAUCUCCCCACAAAGCCCAAAUCCGUCCCUCCCCAUCCCCCACGCGCUCCCUGCCUCGAGAGGACGGCGGCGGGGCACAAUCGGAGCGAACCAGUCCCUACCGGUGGUACCUGACGGGCGUGGAUCGAUUUCUGCCUUUCGUCGAAAUUGAGGAUCACAGCAUAAGACAAGAAAAUUGAGCCUGUCCUUCCUAUGUGAGAUUGUUUUGAUUUCAAGUAUGGCUUUCGCGCAAUGCAAAAACUGACUGGGAAAAAGCCUAACUUAGGUUGACGGAAUGAAAUUGAGGAGCACAGCCGUAACACGAGCAAAUUCAGCCUCUGUUCCUAUGGACGAUCGUGUCGAUUUCAAGUAUGAUGGUGUCAAUGACGGGGAACAGCGAAAGGGAGGGCAUGGCAUCCCAAAGGUUUCCAUGGUCCCCCUCGUCUUCCUCAUAUUCUAUGAAGUCUCAGGGGGUCCCUUUGGGAUUGAAGAUAGUGUCAAGGCAGCUGGACCGCUCCUAGCAAUUUUGGGUUUUCUUCUGUUUGCGUUCAUAUGGAGUGUUCCAGAAGCCCUAAUCACUGCUGAGAUGGGCACUAUGUUCCCUGAGAAUGGUGGCUAUGUUGUCUGGGUCUCUUCAGCUCUUGGACCCUUUUGGGCUUUUCAGCAAGGCUGGGCAAAGUGGCUUAGUGGGGUCAUAGAUAAUGCUCUCUAUCCGGUCCUUUUUCUUGACUAUGUCAAGUCCAGUGUUCCAGCUCUCGGUGGCGGGCUUCCAAGGACUUUUGCGGUGCUUAUCCUCACAGUUGCCCUUACCUACAUGAACUACAGAGGAUUAACAAUAGUUGGCUGGGUGGCAGUCUUUCUUGGGGUGUUCUCUCUGCUCCCUUUCUUUGUAAUGGGAUUGAUAGCUAUUCCACAGAUUGAACCUUCAAGAUGGUUUGAAAUGGACCUGGACAAUGUGAAUUGGGGAUUAUAUCUGAACACUCUGUUCUGGAACCUCAACUAUUGGGAUUCAAUCAGUACAUUGGCUGGAGAGGUUGAGAAUCCAAAGAGAACCCUCCCGAGGGCACUUUCUUAUGCUCUAGUUUUAGUAGUUGUGGGAUACCUCUACCCUCUGAUCACUUGUACAGCAGCCCUUCCAGUGGUUCGAGAGUCCUGGACGGAUGGAUAUUUUUCAGAUGUUGCAAAAAUUCUUGGUGGUUUCUGGUUGCAUUCGUGGAUUCAAGCUGCUGCUGCCUUGUCAAACAUGGGCAACUUUGUUACUGAAAUGAGCAGUGAUUCUUACCAGCUUCUGGGGAUGGCUGAGCGUGGCAUGCUCCCUGAGUUCUUUGCCAAGAGAUCACGCCACGGGACCCCGCUGAUCGGCAUCCUGUUCUCUGCAUUAGGUGUGGUCCUGCUGUCCUGGAUGAGCUUCCAGGAGAUUAUUGCCGCAGAAAACUACCUAUACUGCUUCGGGAUGAUAUUGGAGUUCAUUGCCUUCAUCAAGCUGAGGAUAACCCACCCAAGCACCUCCCGACCUUUCCGUAUCCCGCUGGGCACGGUGGGCACUGUCGUGAUGAUCAUCCCCCCGACCAUUCUGAUCGUCGUUGUGAUGGCCCUGGCAUCCUUCAAGGUGAUGGCCGUGAGCAUCCUGGCGGUGCUCGUGGGGUUCGCGCUGCAGCCGGGCCUCGUGUAUGUGGAGAAGAAGCGGUGGCUGAGGUUCUCCGUCAGGGAGGACCUACCCACUCUGCCGGACUCCUCGCCUGUUACCACCGAAGAGGAGACCACCCACCUUGUGGUCUGAGGUAUGCAAAGUGUAAUCUACAACAGGAACAUGCUGAUGGAAGGCACUGGAGUUUGAAGUUGCUUCUCUUUUCUCCAAUCACCAUGACUUUUCUGAAAUCCAGUGAUUUUGAGCCUGCCUCGUAUAAUGUCACCAUAUAUGCUGUUGUAUACCGCCAUGUUGUCAUCAGAAAGAAAUAGAGCAUGGUUGACCGAAAUUACAAAUACUAACGCUCUGAUAGUCUAAUCUCACGUCUGAUUUUAGUUUAGGGGAAUCUCACCUCUGACAGGAAGAUAACGUUAGAUGCCGGAUUAACUGAGAAUGAUGUGGGUUUUUGGGUUGCUUAGUGGGAAAGAGGUGGUUGGUAGCCAGAUUAAUUGCUGGGAUAUCGAGCAAAUGACAAAGCCAAUGCUAAACCAUUUGAGCUG